AUGGACAAAGCAGGCGGCCAAACGACGUUAUUGCAGAACUUUAAACGAGCAUGUUCUGCAAAGGAGCAGGGACGUAACAUCGAAAGCACGUUAAGCAAGAGGACGUUAAGAUUAAAUCAGGAACCUCAGACUCUGCAAGCCCCAGAGCAGGGGGAGAAAGGUGGUUUUAAUCCACAGCUGGAAUUAGACAGUCAACAAGCCAGAGAGCCGGAGGAGACACACCUUUUGAAAGGGAAGGGGGAAGCUUUUCAAGAACUCCUUCGUAAGCUAGAACUACAGGAACAUCUGAGUAGGAAACUCAGGGUGAGUGAUGUCCUUGAAAUCAGCCAGGAAAGUCUAAAGAAUGGAACUCCAGAGACAUUUGCAGAUUUACCUUGGCAUUUCCUGAGGAAACUGGUGGCUCUGAAUAUGAUGGCCAGAAACACAAGCCUUGUGCACAGGGCAACUGAUGAUAAAGGAGGCAGUGAGGAGAAACAGAGGUUAGAUGAUAUUUUGAAUUUUAGUGACACUGACACCAGAGUUUCCCUGCACCCCCUCGAUGUUCUCUGUGCUGUUCUGCUUUGCUCAGACAGUUUCCUACAGCAGGAGAUCCUGUCCAAAAUGUCCAUGUGCCAGUUUGCCCUCCCUCUGCUGCUACCCGCCCUCGACACCCCCAAGUGCACCCUAAUGCUGUGGGCCAUGAGGGACAUUGUGAGGAAGUGGAGGCCGCACUCCCUGGCAGAGAGCAGGGGAUUCAGGGAGGAGAGCCUGGUGCUCACCAAAAUGCCAACCAUUUCCUUUGUGCGGAUGGGGAGCUGCAACUUCUCCAAGUCCAAACUUCUCAAUGAGAUUCUCAGCCUCUCCCAGCAGCACCACGAUUUCUUCAUCCAUCGGGACAUGGAGUCUGGGAAUGUCCCUCGGGAAAUCGCAGAUGGGCUGGUCGAGAUUUCCUGGUAUUUCCCUAGUGGGACGGAGAAUUCAGACCUUUUCCCAAAGCCAGUUGCGGUUGCAAACCUGCGAGGAGACAUUGAGUCCCACUGGCUGCAGUUCAGCUUUUUAACAGAGAUCUCCUCAGCAGUGUUCAUAGUUACUGAGAGCAUCAGUGAGAGCGAAUACGCACUCUUAUCAUCUCUGCAGGGAUCAGCCACUAAAUACUACUUCAUGGUUAAUAAUCAGGCUGUGACAUCCAAGGAAACACUGGGAUUCCUGAACAAGUUGGCCCCAGUGCUGAAACUGAACAACUCAUGUGUGCUGCAGAAAGGAAGUGCCACAAAUGAGGCGGCAUAUGUAAAAGUUCUGCAGUCUGCAAUGGCAACUAUAAUGAAGUCUUCUCCCAAGAGAGUGAGUAUCGAAGCCAUGGCUGAGACUGCACGUCAGUUAGGCAUCCAGGUAGAUGAGGAUAAUAAGAAAUGUCAGAGUGCCCAUAAAUAUGCCAAGGAAAUCACCAUACACAUAAAAGAUGUGGCAAAGUACAAGAGGGAAAAGCUGAGACUCCAAGGGGAGCCAUGGAAAAACUUGGCUGAAGUGGAAAAGGAGCUGUGCCGAAUGAGAAAUCAAGGGGACAUCCCUCUGGAGAAAUAUAAGUCUCAACUGAAAGAGAAAUUAUUAGAGUUACGUGUUCAGCAGAAUACACAUGACCUGACUGAUAGUUUGAGUAAAUUUAUUACUGGACUAGGCCUGCUGCCUCCCGAGGAGAAACAUUACUUCCUGAAAUGGAUGAAGUUUGACCUGGAUCACAUUGCUCGGGAGAAUAUUUCUAAACUACGGGAUCAAUAUAAAGAGAAAUGCAAAAACUCAAAAGACGACCCCAAAAUGUUUCCAGAACACGAUAAACUAAUCUCUACCAGUUCCUUAGGGGUGGAGCAUUUCAUGCGUGAGUUGGGGCAGUUCUAUGAGGCUGAAUGCUCCAUAGUUCAAGAAGGUAAAAUAGCAGAAAGCCAAAGACAAUUCGUCCAUCUCCCAGGCAUAGCAGCUGACCUGAUGCUGGAAGGGUUUCCCUUGGAGCUGAUCGAUGGAGAUGUGUCCAACAUCCCACUGCAGUGGGCGACAGAUGUUCUGACCCAGCUCCAUGCCAAGCUGGGGGGAAGGUCCAGAAUGCUGGUUCUAACAGUGCUGGGAGUGCAGAGCACUGGGAAAUCCACCCUCCUCAACACCAUGUUCGGCCUGCAGUUUGCAGUGAGCAGUGGCCGAUGUACGCGAGGAGCCUUCAUGUCACUCAUUAAAGUGGCAGAGAACUUUCAACAGGACCUGGGCUGUGAUUUCAUCCUGGUGAUAGACACAGAAGGCCUGAAAGCCCCUGAACUGGCCAAGCUGGAGGACAGUUAUGAACAUGACAAUGAGCUGGCCACACUGGUGAUUGGACUGAGUGACAUAACCAUCGUUAACAUGGCCAUGGAGAACGCCACCGAAAUGAAGGACAUUCUGCAAAUUGUGGUCCAUGCAUUCCUCAGAAUGGAAGAAAUAGGUCAAAAACCCAACUGCCAGUUUGUGCAUCAGAACGUCAGUGAUGUGUCUGCGCAUGAACAAAACAUGAGGGACAGGAAACACCUCCUGGAGCAGAUGGAUGAAAUGACCAAAGCUGCAGCAAACAUGGAAAAGAAAGGCAGGGAGCUGAAAUUUUCUGAUAUUAUGGACUAUGAUCUGGAAAAAAACAACUGGUACAUUCCUGCUCUGUGGCAUGGAGUCCCUCCCAUGGCUCCCGUGAAUAUGGGAUACAGUGAAAAGGUUUAUGAAUUAAAGAAAUAUUUGUUUGAAUUUCUGAAAGGCUGUUCACAAAACAGAUCUCCCAAGGACAUCCCCCAAUUUCUUGAAUGGGUGAGGAGCCUGUGGAAUGCUGUAAAACAUGAGAACUUAAUUUUCAGCUUUAGAAACAGUCUCGUCGCUGAAGCCUAUAACCAGCUGUCUGUGAAGUAUGCAGAGUGGGAAUGGGGUUUCCGCAAGAUGAUGCACCUCUGGGUAUCUGAAAAGGAAACUUUCAUCCAAAAUCAACCACCAGAUAAGCUAGACACAAGUGUUUUAACCAAACUAAAGAAUGAAGCACAGGAGAAACUGAGACAAGAAGCAAAGAAGAUUUUGGAUCAUUUAAAACAAUAUUUUGAAAGUGGAGCAACAAAUCUGCACCUGAUAGAAAAGUACAAAGAGGAUUUUAGGAGAAGUGCAAAUGGUCUGAGGAAUGAACUGGAGAGUUAUUCAUUCAGCAAGUUGAAAGAAGCGAUUGAAAUUAGAAAAGGCCGACAUAAAACAGAUGCUGUCCUGUCACAGUACAAGAGAAAAAUUGAAGAGAAAGUUGACAGGCUUCUGAACCAUUGCAGGAAAAGCAAAUGCAAGCUAAAUAAUGAUGAACAGGAGAAAGAGUUUGAAACCAUGUGGAGAGAAACAUUGUCAGAAUUAUCACUCAUUCCUUUACAGAAACGCAUCAUAUAUAAAGAAAUGGAGUUACAUUUGAGAAGAGACCUAGAGAAUAAGGGGAGUGCAGCAUGGCGGAUGUUAGAGGGUGCGAGAAGCUUGCCUACUUAUAAAACACAAAAUUUCAAAAUGAAAAAUGAAUACUUAAAGUUCAAAAUAUCAGUGUCAGCUGUGAAAGAAUACUUUACACAGGAAUGCUGGCAUAAAACAGAGGCUCUUGCUACAUCCUUAAUAGAUGAGUGCAAUAGUUACACUGAAAAAAAGGCAAAUGGCAAAGCAGAUUACGAUGAUACUUAUUGCAGAGAGUUGUUGCGGAUGAUUAACGAGCAGCUUCAGCAGGCUACUGUUCAAAACCUUCACCUCACCGCUUGCUUUGAAGUUGACCUGAAGCUUCACAUUUUGGGGGAUGCAGCUCAUGCAUUUCAAAAGAUGCAUGAAGAAUUCAUUAAAGAAAAUGAUCCUCUGCAACGUCUGAGGAAACUGGAACCUCAGUAUCUCUCCACAUUCAAAGUUCUGUACUUAGAGAAGGAUGAGUGUCAAGACAGGGCCUGGAAUUUCUGUGAUCAGUGUCUCAGACCAGCCUUGGUAGACUAUAUGAACAAGAGACUCGGUACAGAAAUAGUGGACAACAUUCUCAGCAGUGAACAGUCUGCUGAAUACAGCACCCGGAGCUUUUUCCAAUUAUUUGUUCUGAAGCAGCUGUUGGAAGAAAAUGACUUUAACAAUUAUUUGCAAUACACAAGGAAUUAUGUAUAUUUUAUCAAAACUCGGAUAUGGACACACUUGUUAAAACUCUACAAAGAGAAGGCAAGAUUGAGAGAUUUGGAGAAAAGGAUUUUAUCCUCAAUAAUUAAUAAACUUGGCGAUGUUCUGAAAAACUCCAAAGGUGAGAUGACUGAGACAAUCUCUGCCUUUUUAGACAACUUGUGUGAAAAGCUGCAGCAGGAUCUCGUCAUUCCCAAGGACAGCUUAGAAGUGAUACUGUUUAAAAACACAGCAAGUGCAGACCAAUUUUCAGCUUUUAUAGAACAGUUUAUUCCUGAUCUGGAAAAACAAGUUUUAUCUACCUUUGAAAAUCUGGAUAUUGAGUCAAAACUCUCAAAACUUGCAGUGAAGCCCCAGGAUGAGAUCUUCAAGCGAGUGUUUGGCUGUGGGAAGCAGUGUCCAUUCUGUAAAGUCCCCUGUGAAGCAGGAGCCCCUGCGCAUGACGAGCAUUUUGCAACAGUACAUCGACCUGAAGGAUUAGGGAAGUUCCAGUGGAAUGAAACAAGGAGACUUGCCUAUGAUAUAUGCUCCUCUUCUGUGGCUUCCAAUAACUCAUUCAGAUGUACAGAGACAAACGGGGUAUUUCAUCCUUUUACAGAUUAUCAGAAAUAUUUUCCGGACUGGUGCAUCCAACCAGAUCCCAGCAUCACGGCUUCCGAUUACUGGAAGUUUGUUUUCAAGGAAUUCAAUCACCAGUUUGCUAAGGCGUUUGAUGCUCUCCCUGCCGAUCUCCCCGAGGACUGGUGUAAAAUAACCAAAGAGCAGGCACUGAAGAGCCUAAAGGAAGCCUUUAUAUUGAAGUAAAAAACAGGCUGAGAAACUCUGUUGUGAGUGGAAAGUUACAGCAGUGAAUUUUCUUUAAAUGUGGCAUGUGAAAAAAUCCCAUGUCUUCUAAAUAUGGAAUGUCGUUUCUCUUUUAAUAUCAGACACAGGUUGCAGCUUCCAAACAGAUAAAAAACCAAUGCUUUUUCAC